AUGGAGGAUAGCUCACCGUUAAUGCUGGCAUCUGCCGGUGGACAUGAUCGCAUAGUCCAAUUACUACUCAAAUCCGGAGAAAAUGUCAAUACAAGAAAUGAUGAUUACUAUACCCCGCUGCAUUUAGCAGCUCGUGAAAGGCACUUGAGUGUUGUUCAGUUACUUCUGGACUACGGAGCAAAGCUCAUCGCUGCUGGUGGAAUGAGGAGAACGCCAUUAGACGACGCAGUUCUAGGAGGGAGCCCUGAAAUCGUACAGCUCUUCCUUGAUUUAGGGCCUGAUACUAGAGUUCGCGCCUAUCCGAGAUCUCGGGGUCCUACAAGCCGCCAGCGCAAGUAUACGCCUUUAUUUUCUGAACGCUCUUUAAAUGAACUAUUACUUUUCGCAAUCACUUCUAGUCGGCGAGGAAACGUCAAAGUAGCUCGUAUGCUUAUAGAGCAUGGUGCCAAAGCUCAUCAUGUGAACAGCGAUGGAAUUACUCCAUUACAUUGUGCGGCCCAGGCGACCUGGGAGCCCUCACACCAGAUGGAAAUGGUGCAGCUUCUCAUCAAAUGUGGAGCGAGCGUGCAUGCGACAAGCUAUGAUGGAGACACCCCACUACAUCGUGCGGCUGGCCAUGGUGCGAUUCGACAAGUUAUUCAGGCGCUCAUUGAGUUCGGAGCUGAUAUCAACGCUUGCAACAACCACGGAGAAACGCCACUACACAUGGCAGCUCACGAAGGGGAGAUUGAAGCCGCUAAGGCUCUCAUUGACUGUGGAGCUGAUGUUACUACUACCAACCUUGAAGGGGAAACCCCUUUCCACGUGGCGGUUAGCGAGGGGCAGGUAGAAAUUAUGGGACUGCUCAGUGGUUAG